UUUUGUUCGACGUCACCCACCUCACCUCACCCGCCUCCCGCUCGCUGCCGGCUGGCUCACAUUUCCUUUUCUAUCACACUGUGUUGAUGUUCGUUCGUCCUUUGUAUAAGCGUCGUCAUUCGGUGUCAUCUAAAAACAUCUAAUUUAGAGUACCUAUCUUGUUCGAUAUGGCUCCAGCAGCUACAGCGGUGAAACCUCAACCUGAAGAUGACCCUACUGGGAUCAGAGCAGUGUUGUUGGGCCCGCCGGGUUCGGGUAAAGGUACUCAGGCCCCGCUUCUCAAACAAAAAUAUUGUGUAUGCCAUUUGUCUACCGGCGACAUGCUCCGGGCGGAAGUUUCCUCUGGUUCUGAAUUGGGUCGUCGUCUCAAGAAAGUUAUGGAUGAAGGCAAGUUGGUCUCAGAUGAGAUGGUGGUAGACAUGAUUGACAAGAACUUAGACCAGCCAGAGUGCAAAAAUGGGUUCCUAUUGGAUGGCUUUCCUAGGACUGUGCCACAGGCACAAAAGUUGGAUGACUUGCUGGCAAAGAGAAAAACAGAGCUAGAUGCCGUUAUUGAGUUUGGAAUCCAGGACAGUUUGCUUGUUAGGAGGAUCACUGGCAGACUAAUACAUCCGCCCAGUGGGCGCAGUUACCAUGAAGAGUUCCACCCGCCCAAGAAGGCCAUGACUGACGACGUCACUGGCGAGCCUUUGAUCAAAAGGUCCGAUGAUAAUGUUGAGGCUCUAAAGAAACGGUUAGCUACAUAUCACGCGCAAACCGUCCCACUUGUUGACUAUUACAUGAGAAAAGGUCUUCACUAUAGAGUAGAUGCCUCAAAAUCAGCUGAUGAUGUUUUCAGUAAAAUUGACAACAUCUUCAAAAGUCGGAUUUUUGGCCGGCAACGCGCCGCCCUGUAAAUAUUGUUUAAGUAAAAGUGUACAAACUUAUUUUUUUUAUAUCAUGUGACCGUUAUUAGGUUGUCUGUUUAUAUUAGAGACUAUUUCUUAAUGAAUACAGUGAACUGGUAUUACAGUA